GGCUGGUGUGAUGCCUUACUUGAGUUCUUUCUUUUUUCCUGGUUCCUACGAUGUUUAACAGUUUCAACUUCAUUUUUGGAAUGCAGAGGCUAGUUGAAGGGUAUCUUCUUAGAGCUACCCAAAGAAGUGACAUAUUUGCCCAUAUUCUCAUUUGGCAUUUGCAGGGUGAGUCUGUUCAGGAGACUCCAAAGGAAGGUUCUAUCGAUAAGAAUGCGGCAUUCCAAGAAAUUUUGCCAGAGGUUCGGCAGCAUAUCAUUGAUGGUUUCAAUCCCACUGCCUUGGACAUGUUCACUAGAGAGUUUGACUUCUUUGACAAGGUUACUUCUAUUUCUGGGGUGCUAUUUCCUCUUCCAAAGGAAGAAUGCAGAGCCGGUAUUAGAAGGGAGUUAGAGAAAAUUGAAAUGCAAGGAGAUGACCUUUAUUUGCCUACUGCUCCUAACAAGCUUGUUAGGAGUAUCCGUGUAGACAGUGGAAUACCCUUACAAUCAGCUGCCAAAGUCCCUAUCAUGAUAACUUUUAAUGUUGUUGAUCGUGAUGGUGACCACAGUGAUGUUAAACCACAAGCUUGCAUUUUCAAGGUUGGAGAUGAUUGCCGGCAAGAUGUUCUUGCCCUUCAAGUGAUAUCUCUUCUGAGAGACAUAUUUCAAGCCGUUGGUCUUAAUCUUUAUUUUCCAUAUGGAGUACUCCCAACUGGUGUUGUGCCUAAUACACGAAGCAGAAGUCAAAUGGGUGAAACAACCGACGGGGGUUUGUAUGAGAUUUUUCAACAAGACUAUGGACCCGUUGGCUCAACCACAUUUGAAACAGCACGAGAGAACUUCCUCAUCAGCAGUGCUGGUUAUGCAGUGGCUAGUCUUUUACUCCAGCCCAAAGACAGACACAACGGAAAUCUCCUCUUCGACGACUCGGGAAGACUUGUCCACAUCGACUUUGGUUUCAUUUUGGAAACUUCACCUGGUGGAAACAUGCGGUUUGAGAGUGCUCAUUUCAAACUGAGCCAUGAAAUGACUCAGUUACUAGGUGUUAUGAAAAGCAAAACAUGGCAUCAGUUUGUGAGCUUGUGCGUCAAGGGGUACUUAGCUGCUCGGCGGCACAUGGACGGAAUCAUCUGCACGGUGCAAAUGAUGCUAGAAAGUGGAUUGCCUUGCUUUAGCAGAGGAGAUCCAAUUGGUAAUCUUAGGAAAAGAUUUCAUCCAGAAAUGAGCGAACGUGAAGCUGCACACUUCAUGAUUCAUGUCUGUACCGACGCAUACAACAAGUGGACUACUGCUGGUUACGACUUGAUUCAGUAUUUGCAACAAGGCAUCGAGAAGUAA